UCUGCACAAAGGCUGAAGCCCGGGGAUGCGCAGAAUGUAAAUACAUCUCAGCUCAGAGAUCACUCUGUCACAGUAUUCCUCCAGACUGGCACCAUUUCUGGAGUGUCUUAGUUGUUGAAAGCACCUGUGAGUGAGAAGGCGACGUCGGAGCUGGAGCUGGAGCUCUGUGACUAGCUAAUUGCGUGGGACUUGCGGGACUUUUUACGAGAAGUGUAGUGUGCUCGGACUGGGAUUCUGCGGACCAGCGUUUAUGCACAACCUCUCGUUGGGAUCCUGAAUGAGAGCGCCAAAGCUGUUAUGAAAAUGUAUAUUUUUUAGAAAAAUACCACCGCUUAUGUCCGGCUCAUUUCUCUGAUCAUACAAUUUCAUGAAGAGGAAAAAACAUUCUGUUUAACAACUCGAUUAAGAUUCUCGUAAUCAAGGGAGAACAUUCCAUUCAGAAGCAAUUGGAUGAGUCGUAUUUGCCCUUGGCAACUGAAGAUGAUGUUACUAUGGAAACGACUUCUGCUGCUAUCAAUCAUUGGUUGCCUUGCCGCUCGUGCACAAGAUGUCCUAUUCCAAGGGCCAAAAUGGAGGACAGAGCCCAGUGACCUCAUUCUCCCCAACAACUCCCCUGACCAGGAAGCCACCAUUACAUGUGAGGCAGAGGGGAACCCCUCCCCACAGUACAGAUGGUCGCUUAACGGAACACUCAUUGAUCUGGGGAGUGACUACCGGCGUCACAUGUCUGGAGGCAACCUGAUCAUUAACAGUCUGGACAGGGAUGAAGACACGGGGAUAUACCAGUGCACUGCCUUCAACACAUGGGGGACUAUCCUCAGCCGCAGAGCCACUCUGCAAUUUGCAUACCUAGAUAACUUCAAGUCCCAAAUGGCACGGAGUGCUGUCAAUGUCCGAGAGGGCCAAGGAGUGGUGUUGUUAUGUGGACCACCCAUGCAUUCUGGAGAGCUGACAUUUGCGUGGAUCUUCAAUGAGUACCCCUACUUUGUCCAGCAAGAUAGUCGUCGAUUCAUCUCCCAGGAGACAGGAAGUCUGUACAUCGCAAAAGUGGAGCCUUCUGAUGUGGGCAACUACACCUGUGUGGUCAACAAUAGCAUCACUAAGGGCAAAGUCCUCAGCUCUCCUACACCGCUGGUCCUGAGGAAUGACGGAGCAAUGGGUGAAUACGAACCCAAAAUAGAAGUUCAUUUCCCUGACACUGUUCCAGCUGCAAAGGGAUCCACGGUAAAACUAGAAUGCUUCGCACUGGGAAACCCAGUCCCAGAAAUAAGUUGGAGGAGAACCAGCGGCGUCCCAUUUCCCAGUAAGGUGAAGAUGAAGAACUCCAACGCUGUCCUUGAAAUUCCACAUUUCCAGCAGGAAGACACAGGGACGUAUGAGUGCGUGGCAGAAAAUAGCAGAGGAAAAAACACUGCACGAGGUCGUAUCGCCUUCCAGGCGAAACCCCAUUGGCUCCAGACAAUGAUCGACGGCGCCCUGUCCAUUGAGGAGAACCUGUUCUGGGAGUGUAAGGCAAACGGGAAGCCCAAGCCCUCCUACAGUUGGCUGAGGAAUGGAGACAACCUAAUGGCAGAGGGCCGGGUGCAAAUCGAAAACGGGGCUCUCUCCAUAGCAGCAUUAAACCUGUCAGAUGCCGGGAUGUAUCAGUGUGUGGCUGAAAACAAACAUGGCAUUAUUUAUUCCAGCGCUGAGCUAAUGGUGUUAGCAUCACCUCCCAGUUUCUCCAAGAAUCCACUGAAGGCCCUGCUGAAAGCUCGCUCAGGCAGUGAAGUGGCUCUAGAGUGCAAGCCCCAAGCCUCGCCCCGGGCAAUUAGCUUGUGGAAGAAAGGCAAUGAGAUCUUGCAGAGAAACGAGAGGAUUACUCUGCUUCCCAACGGGACACUGAAGAUUGUCAACGCAACCAGGAGGGAUGCGGGGAGCUACACAUGCAUCGCUAAGAAUCAAUUUGGGACUGCGAGCACCACUGGAAGACUCCUUAUCACAGAGCCCACCAGAAUCACCCAGAGGCCUGCUAACAUGGAGAUCAUUGUUGGCGAGAGUAUCGUGCUGCCCUGCCAGAUUGCCAGCGAUCCAGCCUUGGAUGUGUCUUUCUCCUGGGCCUUCAACGGGCAGCUCAUAGACUUCCAUGGGGACGCCGACCAUUUCGACAGAGUAGGAGGGAGCAUUUCAGGAGAUCUGAUGAUUCGUAACAUCCAGCUGAAUCACGGGGGGAAAUAUGUCUGUGUUAUCGACACCGACGUGGAGAACUUGUCCGCUUCGGCCAUCUUGGUUGUGAAAGGUCCCCCCGGGCCACCGGACACAGUAGCGGUGGAGGAGAUCACAGAUAGCACGGCCCAGCUCUCCUGGAGCCCCGGCAGGGACAACGGCAGCCCUAUCACCGGCUACAUCAUCCAGGCCCGGACCCCCUUCACUGUGGGCUGGCAGGCUGUGGACACAGUUCCUGAGGUGAUCAAUGGCAACACACUGACAGCCACUGUGGUGGGCCUGAACGCCUGGGUGGAGUAUGAGUUCAGGGUGGUGGCCCGCAACAGUGUGGGCAUGGGAGAGCCCAGUCCAGCCUCAGCCAAGACCAGGACAGAGGAUACCAUGCCUGAUACAGCUCCCACUGAUGUUGGAGGCGGAGGAGGCACAAAAUCUGAAUUAGUGAUAACUUGGGAGCCCGUGCCUGAGGAACUGCAGAAUGGAGAGGGUUUCGGUUAUAUCAUCGCCUUCCGGCCGCUGGGUGCCGUCACCUGGACACGAGCGGUCAUCUCCACGCCCGGGGUGGCCCGAUACAUCUUCCGCAACGACACUAUCCCACCUUUCUCGCCGUUCAAUGUGAAGGUUGGGGCGUACAACAACCGUGGGGAGGGGCCUUUCAGUUCCAUAGCCACAGUGUUCUCAGCAGAGGAAGUACCCAUUGAGGCUCCUAAGAGGGUUUGGGGCAGGAGUGUAUCUGCAGCUCAAAUUGAAGUGAUCUGGGAAGCCCUCCCCAUCACCCCUGAAAGAGUGCUUGGUUAUGAGGUGGUGUACUGGGAAGAUGACACCAAGCCUGACACAGUAGGCAAAGUGAGAAUCUCUGGAAACUACUCAGCGGUCAAUGUGACUGGACUGAACGCUAACACACAGUAUUACCUAGCUGUGUGCGCUUUUAACACUGCAGGGACAGGGCCACAGUCUAUACCCAUCAACGCCACCACCAAGAAGCCAGCACCAGGCCAGCCUCCUUUGAAUGUAGAGUGGACCAUGAUUGGCUCUCUGCUCACUCUACACUGGGGUCCUGUGAUAGCCAUGGAGACAGAGGCAGAGGUCAUCGGAUAUCGUGUGCUGUUGAGAAGACACCGGUACAAUGACGUAAACAGCAUCGUAACAAACAAAACCAGGAUGGAACUGACGCUGUCUCCCAACGACAACUACCUGAUCCAGAUCAAGGCCCUGAGUGAGGGCGGUGAAGGUGUGGGCAGCGAACCCAUCCACAUCCACAGAUUAAGCAUGGGUGCACGGGGCUCGGGAGCGUCUAGUCUCAAUCCGCUAUCGCUGUCUCAUCUCUCUGCAUUCCUCAUCAGCGCUCUCCUCCUCCUCAACUCCUCCUGGUGAUGUCUGAUCACAGUCAUAGCCCUCCUACCGGCCCUCCUCUCUCCCUCUCCCUCUCCUCUAGCAGCCUGCUCCUGCAUUCAGAUGGGCAUGGGUGCAACCCUCUGUGGCAGUGCUGGACAGAACAGGAAUUUUGAAGGGGCCAUGCAUUGAAUAUUUAAAUGACGGUCUGGUAGAAAACAUGAAUUUGUUUGCAUGAUAUUUUACAGUUUCCUCUCAUGUCAUAAGUGCUGUCAUGCUGUACAGUUGAAGUCGGAAGUUUACAUACACUUAGGUUGGAGUCAUUAAAACUCAUUUUUCAA